AAAUGAGAAAAUGGGCCCGUCACCUUGAGCCUUGCCCACCCUGGCAGGACGGUGUGAACGUGGGUGGAGACCAGCAGGACGGUGUGAACGUGGGUGGAGACCAGCAGGACGGUGUGAACGUGGGUGGAGACCAGCAGGAUGGUGUGAACGUGGGUAGAGACCAGCAGGAUGGUGUGAACGUGGGUGGAGACCAGCAGGAUGGUGUGAACGUGGGUGGAGACCAGCAGGACGGGGUGAACGUGGGUAGAGACCAGCAGGACGGUGUGAACGUGGGUGGAGACCAGCAGGACGGUGUCAACGUGGGUAGAGACCAGCAGGACGGUGUCAACGGGCUGUGGAGAGAGGGGGGCGAAGGAUGGAAGCAGGUGGAGCCGGGGGAGCAGGCGCAGCUCCUGGCGCAGCUCCAGGAAGGGGAGUUCUGGGUGGAGGAGGAGGAGUUCCUCAGGGAGUUUGACGAGGUCACCAUCAGCUACCCAGUCACGGAGGCUGGCCACCUGCAGAGUCUCUACACAGAGAAGGUGCUUUGCCAUGCACGGGCCCUGCCUGGGGCCUGGGUCGCAGGGCGGUCGGCCGGAGGCUGCCGGAACAACAGUUGCUUCCCCUGCAACCCCAAGUUCUGGCUGCGGCUGGCCGAGCCCAGCGAGGUGUGCGUGGCCGUCCUGCAGAAGCCCCGCGAGGCGAGCCUGGCUGUCCCACAGAGGCCCCGUGAGCCUGGGACCGGCCCAACCCGGGCCAGCCACGGCCAGGACUACCAGGCUGUGGGUCUGCACCUGUGGAAGGUGGAGCAGCGGCGGGUGAGUCUGCCCCGGGUCCUGUCUGCGCCCCCUGUGGCCGGGACGGCCUGCCACACCUACGACCGCGAGGUCCACCUGCGCUGCCAGCUCUCCCCCGGCUUCUACCUGGCGGUGCCCAGCACGUUCCUGAAGGACAGGGCAGGGCAGUUCCUGCUCCGGGUCUUCUCCACUGGGAAGGUUUCCCUCAGUGCUGUCAGGCCGGUGGCCAAGGGGGCCUCCCCCAGAACAGCGCAGCCUGCUGGCGAGUGGGAGACGGUGCAGCUGCGGGGGCUCUGGAGAGCCGGCCAGACGGCUGGGGGCAGCAGGAACUUUGCCUCCUACCCCUGCAACCCUUGCCUCCCGUUCUCCGUCCCCGAGGGUGCCGGGCCCCGCUGUGUCCGCAUCACCCUGUGCCAGCACUGCCAGCUUGCUGACAGCCAGCUCUACCCCAUUGGCUUCCACGUCUUCCAGGUCCCCUCAGGCGCUGUGAGCCAGGACACACGCGCGCUGCUGCUCCAGGAGCCUUUGCUGAGCUGUGUGCCACACCGCUAUGCGCAAGAGGUCAGCCGGCUCUGUCUCCUGUCUGCGGGCGCCUACAGAGUGGUGCCCUCCACCUAUCUGCCAGACGCCGAGGGGGCCUUCACCGUCACCAUAGCCAUCCGGAUAGACAGGCCAUCCAUUCACAGCCAGGAGAUGCUGGGCCAGGCCCUCCAGGAGGUCUCCCUCGUGGCGGUGAUGAAAACCUGACUGGCGUCCCUGUGUGUCGGCCGGCGGCACAGAGCCACGUUGGUGCCCGCAGCCUCGGCACUGGAGCCCCGGCCCUGGCGUCCGGCCGCGAGAGGGGCCGGCCGGGCCCAGCAGCGGCUGCAGGAAGGGCAAGGCCUCGGGUGGCAUCUUUGUUCCAACCAGAGACUGUAAGACUCCCAGACCCCAGAGACGAGGCUGGAGAGUUCCCAGGACCCUCCCAGCUCGCCCUCCUUCCCGGUGGGAGCAGGUGUGGCAGACAUCACU